GUCGUGCUCUCCUCGCCAGGCCUCUUCAUCCACCCACGAGCAUCCCCUCCUUCCGACAAUCCGUUUCACAUCCUUCAUCCUCCUAUGCUGUCCGAAGUUUUGCCUCAAAACGAUCAAAAAGUGGAAAAAAUGGCAAAUCACCUGCUGAACCUGCAGCCCCAAAGGCAGACGAGAGCUCCUCAUCAGGGAUCAACUCUCAGGCUCCAAAACCUACUCCCGGCACAGCUGCUCCUACUCCCGAAAGUACAACAGAUAUUCCCCCAGCUACUCAGGAUGCUUCACAGAAACCACCUACACCCUUGCCUGAAACAUUAUCGUUGGACUUCUCACCACCAGAGGCUCUGAUAGAGGCUCCUGUGACAGAGGGAGAGCGUACAGGCGCGCGCUCAUCGAAAGGAAGUUUGUCGCAGAUUGAAGAGAGGAAGAGGAUGAUCGCGAGAAUUAGUAUGGCCUUGUUCGUGGCGGGUUUGGGUCUGGGUGGGUUCUACCUCGGGAGAGAGUGGGAAGCGGACGAGUUGAAGGAGCUGAAGUUGACUCCUGAAACGGCACCAUCAACACGAUGGGGACGUACAAGAACUCGGUUCAUGUCGAUGUUCGAUUAUUUCUCUGAACCUGCGUGGCCCGAACUUCUCCCCCCUCCCCUUCCUGCGCCGCAUCAAAAACCUUACACCCUUGUCGUCUCCAUGGACGACUUACUUGUAACAAGUACAUGGGACCGAGCACACGGGUGGCGAACAGCAAAACGUCCAGGCGUAGACUAUUUCCUGGCUUAUUUAUCGCAAUUUUACGAAGUUGUUAUUUUCACGACUCAAUAUCACUACACCGCCCUCCCCGUCCUCGAGAAACUCGACCCUUACAAUUUCUUCAUCACUUACCGCCUUUUCCGUGAUGCAACCCGCGCGACGGACGAAGGACCCGUGAAAGACCUGUCAUACCUCAACCGUGACCUUUCCAAAGUCGUCAUUCUAGAUACACACGCCAAUCAUGUUCGAACGCACCCUGAAAACGCUAUUGUCAUGAGCCCAUGGAAGGGCGAGGUCGAAGGACCUGAGGCCAAAGGCUUGGUCGAGAUGAUUCCAUUCCUAGAGUCAAUCGGCAUAUAUAACCCGCAGGACGUGAGGCCUAUCCUUCAGGCGUACCAAGGGAAGGAUAUUCCCCGCGAAUACGCCAAGAAGGAAGCUGAGGCUAAAGCUAAGUUCAUCGAGGACUGGAAAGCCAAAGGUGGCCACAAAGGUCUCUCAUCUGGCGGAUUCACCCUCAGCAGUCUCUUCGGCGGCUCUGCUUCCUCCCAACCCGCCGUGCCAGAAACCUACCUCGAAGCUAAACGCCGCGAAGCCCAGGCGCUCUAUCUCCAAGAACAACAAUACAUCAAAGAACACAAAGAAGAGUUCGAGGCGUUGUUGGAGCAGGAUAGACAGCAGCAGGCGGCACAGGCUUCAGGGAACCUGUUCGCUGCGCUGGGAUCGAUGACUGGUUUGCCGGCUCCCCCACUGCCAGGCCAGGAGGGUGCUUCUGCUGCCCCUGGUGCUCCCGGAUCAGCUCCUCAAGGGUCAGCUCCGGGCGCUGCGGCGCCGGCGCAGAAGUAAACCCUAGGCAAUGGAACGGCGAAGUUGGAUGGGCGGAGUUUUGGCGUGGAGGAGAACGUCUAUCGUACGCACGUAGGAGUAAUGACAUGGCGAUGCGCUCACCUCUCAGCACCUGCUUUCUGUGUGAGGUUAGAUCAUGUUGAGCUGUGAGGGCGUUAUAAGGCUAGUGGCAGUUGUCUGUUCUGCGAUGGCCAAUGAAAGUAUAAUACCG